CCUUCCAUUUACCGUCUUACCUUACAUUUUAUUAAUAUUAUCCAUUAUGGCAUAUGUAAUUAUUGCCGGACGAGCUAUAAAGUCAGAAUAUGUUGCCAUUGGAACAAUUUUAUCUACAGCUAGUCUUAUUGGUUAUGCCAUACAUCGAGCUAAUAAAAAAGCUGAACAACGAUUGGCUGGUGACCCUCCUAUCUAUGCAAGAACUCCAGAAGAAGAGGCAUUUAUUCGAAAUAAAUUAGAAGCCUUUAAAGAAGAGCAAAAGAUACUGAAAAAAUAAAUAUGUUAUCUAUAGUAAGGCAUUUUAAAAAGUGUUUGUUUAAAAA